AUGUCGGACACGUAUUGCUCGGACUGCAAGCGGAACACGGAGGUCGUGUUCGAUCACGCGGCGGGCGACACGGUCUGCUCGGAGUGCGGCCUGGUGCUCGAGGCCCGCUCGAUUGACGAGACGUCCGAGUGGAGAACGUUCGCGGACGAGUCGGGGGACCACGACCCAAACCGUGUCGGCGGGCCCAUGAACCCGCUUCUGGGGGACGCGGCCCUGACGACGGUGAUCUCGAGGGGGGUGAACGGGUCGGGCGGGGAUCCGUCCCUGGCCCGGCUGCAGAAUCGGGGCGGGGAUCCGGACAGGGCUAUCAUGGUGGCGUUUAAGACGAUUGCUAAUAUGGCCGAUAGGUUGAGCCUUGUGACUACCAUCAAGGACCGGGCAAGUGAAAUAUAUAAAAGGUUGGAAGAUCAGAAGUGUACCAGGGGAAGAAACUUGGAGGCAUUGGUUGCUGCUUGCAUUUAUAUUGCCUGUCGUCAGGAAGGCAAGCCGCGCACUGUGAAAGAAAUAUGCUCUAUUGUUGCUGGAGCCACAAAGAAAGAAAUUGGCCGGGCAAAAGAAUUUAUUGUGAAACAGUUGAAGGUUGAGAUGGGUGAAUCAAUGGAGAUGGGGACCAUUCAUGCUGGAGACUAUCUGAGGCGUUUUUGUUCUAAUCUUGCCAUGAGCAAUGAAGAGGUCAAAGCUGUCCAAGAAACUGUACAGAAGGCUGGUGACUUUGAUAUUAGGAGGAGUCCCAUAUCUAUUGCUGCAGCUAUCAUUUUUAUGAUAACUCAGUUGUCAGAUUCCAAGAAGCCCCUGCGAGAUAUCUCGAAUGCUACUACAGUUGCUGAGGGGACCAUCAAGAAUGCUUAUAAGGAUCUGUAUCCUCACGCAGCCAAGAUCAUACCUGAGUGGUAUGCAAAAGAAAGGGACCUCAAGAAUCUGUCUAGCCCUAAGGCAUGA